AUGUUUAAAUCCACUUAUGAUAAGCCAUUAACUCCAUUACCACCUUUUUUCAAAUUAUUCAACCCAUUCUUACCAUUCACCAAAGCCAUAGAUGAAGCCGUCGUUGAAGCUGCCACUAAAGCAGAAGAAGAAGACAGCAAACACACCAAAAAUGAAGAAGAUGGUUCAGAUAAAGAAGAACUAAAAGGUUAUGAACAUGAAAGAGAUGAAAGAUUUAAGAAACAAGAAGAGCGUUGGAAAAAAGCGGAAGAACGUAUCAAUAAAGAAAAUAAAAGAUUUAUCAAAGAUACAAGUGAUCCAAAUUCUCAAAUCUAUGCCUUGAAAAUUAACCCAUUAGAAAUCUUCUUAUUUUUAGUGGCAACUGGUUAUUUCCUUACCGUUUUCUUCAAUAGUGAUAGUGCUCAUGAAAUCACAUGGCAAGAAUUCCGUACAAACUUUUUGGAUAAAGGUUUUGUGGAUAAGAUUGUCAUUGUCAACAAGAGUCUUGCUCGUGUGAUGUUGAAUGAUAAUGGUCGUCAACAAACUGGUGGGAACAUGGAUUACUAUUACUUCACUAUUGGUUCUUUGGAAAGCUUUGAACAUAAAUUACAAAAAGCUCAAAAUGAAAAUAACAUCCAAGAAGAUUUUAGAGUCCCAGUUGUUUAUGUCCAAGAAGGUCAUAUGCUAAGAACAAUUUUCCAAUUCUUGCCAACAUUAUUGAUGCUUGGUGGGUUAUAUUGGAUCACCAAGAGAUCUGCUGGUGGUUCUGGUGGAUUUGGUGGUGCCGGUGGUAUUUUCAACGUUGGUAAAUCUCAAGCUAAAAAAUUCAAUCAAGAAACUGAUGUUAAAGUGAAAUUUAAAGAUGUUGCAGGUAUGGCUGAGGCUAAGGAGGAAAUUAUGGAAUUUGUUGAAUUUUUAAAACAUCCAAAAAAAUAUGAAAGAUUAGGUGGUCAAAUCCCAAGAGGUGCAAUCCUUUCAGGUCCUCCAGGUACUGGUAAAACUUUAUUAGCUAAGGCCACUGCUGGUGAAGCUGGAGUUCCAUUUUAUUCAGUUUCAGGUUCAGAAUUUGUGGAAAUGUUUGUUGGUGUUGGUGCAUCUCGUGUUCGUGAUUUAUUCAAAACUGCAAGAGAAAACGCACCAGCUAUUGUGUUUGUCGAUGAAAUUGAUGCAAUCGGUAAGGCGCGUACUAAAGGUAAUUUCAGUGGUGCUAAUGAUGAAAGAGAAACCACAUUGAAUCAAUUGUUGGUUGAAAUGGAUGGGUUCCAGAGUACUGAUCAUGUUGUUGUUCUUGCAGGUACAAACAGACCAGAUGUUUUAGAUCAAGCAUUGAUGAGACCUGGUAGAUUUGAUAGACACGUUCAAAUUGAUAAACCUGAAUUAGAAGGACGUAAAGAAAUUUAUCAAGUUCAUUUAGCCAAGAUUAAACUAAAAUUAAAUGAAGGUGAUGAAUCUGCUGAAGUUAAAAAAUCCGAAUUUGAGAAUUUGGCUGGUAAAUUAGCUGCAUUAACCCCAGGGUUUUCCGGUGCUGAUAUUGCCAAUGUUGUUAAUGAAGCUGCAUUAAUCGCAGCUAGACAUAGUGAUGAAAGUGUUGAUUUACCACAUUUUGAACAAGCUAUUGAAAGAGUCAUUGCAGGUUUAGAGAAAAAAUCUAAAGUUUUAUCAGAAAAUGAGAAAAAAAUCGUUGCAUACCAUGAAGCUGGACAUGCUAUUUGUGGUUGGUAUUUAGAAUUUGCAGACCCAUUAUUAAAAGUUUCAAUCAUUCCAAGAGGUCAAGGUGCGUUGGGUUAUGCUCAAUAUUUACCACCAGAUAUUUAUUUAUUAUCUACUGAUCAAUUGAAUGAUCGUAUGACUAUGGCAUUAGGUGGUCGUAUUAGUGAAGAAUUACAUUUCCCAUCAGUUACAUCUGGUGCAUCUGAUGAUUUUAAGAAAGUUAUGGGUAUGGCUUAUAAUAUGGUUACUAAAUUAGGUAUGUCACCAAAGAUUGGUACGAUUGCAUAUGAAAGAAAAGAUGAUAAUGAUUUAACAAAACCGUUCAGUGAAGAGACUGCUACUUUAGUUGACGAGGAGAUUCAAAGAAUUAUUAAUGAAUGUGCAGAGAGAUGUCGUUCUUUAUUACAGAAAAAAUCUGAAGAAUUGGAAAAAGUUGCACAAUUGUUGUUAAAGAAAGAAGUUUUAACAAGAAAAGAUAUGAUUGAAUUAUUAGGUCCAAGACCAUUUAAAGAGAAAAAUGAUGCUUUUGAAAAAUAUUUAGAUCCAAAAAAGACAACUUCAACAAAUGUUGAUAUUUAA